UUGAGAAAGUCCAGCGCUCGCUGGGUUUGAGCGGGCGCUGGGUUCCUAGCGGCCGCUGGGUUGCCGCGGUCGCUGGGCCCAGGCAGCCCAGCCCACCCACGCUUUUUAAAUACACCUCUUCGGUUUUUUUCCCCUCAUUCCACAGACUCCUACAACACACUUCAAAAAGAAGACAAGUUUAGGGUUCUACAUUAGCUCUUAGCCAGUAAUAUUAUUAUGGGAGACUCUCAACCACAAGAUUCCAAAAAAAGGGCAGUGUAUGAAGCAUGGACAAAGGAACAAAGUGAUGCCUUGUUAGAUAUUCUGGUUGAGUCUGCACAUAGGGGAUGGCGCGAUAAUAGUGGUUUAUUUAGCAAAGCCACAGUAGAUGAAAGGAUAUUGCCUGUUCUAAAUAAAAACCUUAGGUGCAAUAAAAAUUAUAAUCACUACCAAAGUCGUAUCAAAUGGUUUAAGAGCCGUUGGAAUGCUUAUUCAACACUCUUGAAGUUUAACUCUGGUUUUGGCUAUGACAACAACACCAAGAAAUUCACGGCCCCAGAUGAAGUAUGGGAUGCGUAUAUAGAGGCUCACCCAAAAGAUGCAUUCUUACGUACUGGGAGUUUUUCGGAUUUUGAAGACUUGGGGCUUGCUGUUGGAAACGGUGUGGCUGUAGGAAGAAACGCAAUUGGAGUGGGCAGUGCUACUAAUGCUAGGACAAUAAGAGUUGAUGAAAGUAGAGGUCCGCUCAUAGAGGAGUUGAAUUACAAUGUUGAUACUGAGGCGUUUGUAGUACUGGGUCAAGAUGAUCCACCGUUAUCCGACUCCAAAUCACCUUUGGAGUCCACUGAAGUGCCUGUGGAGUCCACUCAGAGAAGAGCUCCCGCCAAAAGAAGCAGAGGCCAGUUUGAGACAAAUUCAGGCCACACUGAAAAUAGUUCGCAUCAGGAGCUCAUGGUAGAAAUUAAAAAAAAUCACUAGCACAAUGGAUCGAGUUGAAAGCCUCUUCGUGAAACGAGAUACUAUGCUGGAGAGAAGAGAAGAAGAAAAAAGUUAUACGACUUGGGAUGCUAUCAAAGAAAUUCCUGAUUUGAGUGACGAUGCCCGCAUGACAGCAUUUGACUUGCUUGUUACAAAGUCACAAAAAGAUGGAUUUAUGAAAAUGACUGUUCCUGAACGUAAAAGAUGGAUAAAAUCCAAGACUAGGGAUAAGAGGAUAGUUUAGUCAUGUUUUUUGAACUAUGUUUUUAUUUUUGUUUCACCAUCUUUUUAUGAGUACAUUGUUUUGUUGGUUUUAUGUUUUAAUACUUUAUUUUGUUGAU